AUGAAUAUCAUAAGAUUUAAGAUAAAUGAAAAAGUAUUAUGUCAUAAACAUGAAGACCCUGAAGGAUCAUAUAGAGAAGCAAGAAUUCUUGAUACAAGAGAAAAUAAUGGAAAUACAGAAUAUUAUAUUAGAUAUACAGAAUAUAAUAAACGAUUAGAUGAAUGGACAACAACAAAUAAUAUUAUACGAUAUUCAUCAAAAGAAAAUAUUAUUAGACCUACAACAAAAGAAGAUGGAAUUGGUCAACGUAAAAUGACAAGAUCAUUACGUCAAUCAAAUGUUUCAAUGUUAGAAAAAGAUAGUGAAAUUAAUGAUAAAAUAGGAACACAAGAAAAUGAAAUAUUUCAAAGAACAAAAAAUAUUCAAAAUGUUACUAUUGGAGAUUAUGAUUUAAAUGUAUGGUAUUUUUCACCAUAUCCUGGAGAAUAUGGACAUGUAGAAAGAUUAUAUAUUUGUGAACAUUGUCUUAAAUAUAUGUCUAAAGCAAAUACUUAUAUUAAACAUAGAGAACAUUGUCCAUAUCAUUUUCCACCAGGAUUAUUAAUUUAUAAAGAUGAUAAAAAACAUUUAGCAUUUUUUGAAGUUGAUGGAGCAGAAGCAAAAAUGUUUUGUCAAUCACUUUGUUUAUUAAGUAAAAUGUUUUUAGAUCAUAAAACAUUAUAUUAUGAUGUAGAACCAUUUUAUUUCUAUAUUCUUUGUGAAUUUAAUUAUAAUGAACAAUGGAAAAGUGAUGAUUAUCAUAUUGUUGGUUAUUUUUCAAAAGAAAAAGCUAGUCCUGAUGGUUAUAAUUUAAGUUGUUUAAUGGUAUUACCACAUUAUCAAAGAAAAGGAUAUGGUAAAAUGCUUAUUUCAAUGAGUUAUGAAUUAAGUAAAAUUGAAGGAAUUCCAGGUAGUCCAGAAAAACCAUUAAGUGAUUUAGGAUUAGUUAGUUUUAAAAGUUAUUGGUCAGGAGUAAUUGCAGAAGAAUUAUUAAAUUCAACUGAGAUUCCUUCUAUUGAAGACCUUACUUUAAAAACAGGAAUAACAAAAGAAGAUUGUGUUAGUACUUUAGAUACUUUAGGUUGUAUUUCUCCAUAUCGAGGAUCACAAAUUAUUUCAAUUAACCAAAAUACAAUGGAAAAAUUACGUAAAAAAUCUUUAGAGAAUAAGGUUUUAGUAAAAAAAGAAUUACUUCAUUGGAAACCACAUUCAGUAGUAGUAAAAUAUCCUAAUGUUAUGCAAACACUUAGGACAUAUUGUUAA